UGACCGCCACCGGUGACAUCGGGACGCCAUCGAUGGUGGUCGGGAUAUCGUCGUCGAUAGUAUGCGGCCGCCAGGCGUUGUGGACGACGGUUAUCGCGCACGCGGCCGCGGCUAAAAAUAAAAUCAUCGAAAAAACGCUAAGCGAGCGCGCCCACAUCGAUCAUUCGACGGCGGCGGCCGCGACGACAGUAGCAAACGCGGUUUUAUAAUAUUAUUAUAAAAAAUGAUGUAUAUGUGAGUGUGUAAUCUCGCCGAACAGAUGUUAAAGAGAACCUCGUGACGUCACGGUAAAUAUUAAUAAUACAAUUUAAAAAAACCACGGCGACGACGACGACAAUCAUUCGGCAGUUCGAUUCGGACGACUGCAAUUUCUGUAGUGCAACAGGCGAAAAAAGCAAUGUUUCGCGAUACCGUCGGCCAAUAACGCGACAAUGUACUCGUCCGAAUGCUCCAGUAAGUACAGCAGCAACAGUAGCAGCAGUAGCACUAGUACCAGGACCAAAUACGGCGGUUACGCGCUAGACUUGAGCCCGUCUAAUGACCGGUUGUCGCGGGUGUAUGGGAGCGCGACCAGGACGGUGUCGCUGCCCAGGCAGAGUCCCAGGCUGACCGACAUCAACGGCAACGUGCGGUCGCUGAGCCUGAGCAAAAGCCUGUCGCCGUCGGCAUACUCGUCCAGCAGCCUGACCAGAGACACCAAGACUUUGUCGCUAGGCAACGACAAACGGUACGACGCUAUGGCGAAGAAACGUUUGGAUUCGUUGUACAACAGAUCGCCGUCUGUUUAUCUGAAUAAAUCUUACACGUCCAACACCGGUUACACAUCGACCAGGCCUAGCAAUCUAACGUACUUCGAAAAAUACAACAAGCAGCAGCAGCAACAACAGCCGGACACUACGCAAGACCACGACAAAUAUGCGGUAAACAUGAACGUCAAGAGAUACGCCGCGGACAACAAUGCGAAGUCGUCGUCCACAUACGCCAACAGCAGACAGCAGCCGGCAGACGCCAAGAAGGGGGUGGUCGGCAUACGGAACAUCGGCAACACGUGCUACAUGAACUCGGUACUACAGUGCUUGAGCAACACUAAAGGCCUGACCGACCACGUGCUGGACGACACGACGGCCGACGGUAAGCUGAUAAGGCCGUACCGCGACCUGCUUACUAGACUUUGGACAGGCACCGACAACCCGGUGGACACGACCGCGUUCAAGUCGGCGUUCCAACGGUUGUCGCCCCGGUUUGCCGGCUACGAACAGCAAGACUCGCAAGAGUUUUUGAGGUUGCUGCUGGACAAGCUUCACGUGGAUAUCAACCGGGUGAAAGUCAAGCCCAAGUGUCCGGCGGAAGUGGACGAUUCGCUCAAGGAUAACGCAUUGGCCGCCGAAUACUGGCGACGGUACUUGGCUUUGGACAACAGCGCCGUCGUGGACCUUUUCGCCGGACAGCUGAAAUCGACGUUGGAGUGUUCGGUGUGCGGACACAAAAGCAUCACUUUCGAGGUGUUCUGGGACUUGUCGUUGUCGUUGCCGUCUGGCGCGACCGAUCAGGUGUCGCUCGCGGAUCUGUUGGCGAACUUCACGCAAGAAGAAGUGCUGGACUUCCGCGAGAAGCCGCGGUGCAGCGUGUGUAAGGUCGACCGGAAGAUGUACAAGGCGUACAGCUUUCAGAAGUUGCCCAGGUAUCUGGUGUUGCACCUGAAGCGUUUCCAGGGCACGCACUCGUACAAGAAGAUCACGUCCCUGGUGUCGUUCCCGGUGGUGUCGCUCGACAUGGGCCGGUACGUGUCGGGCUCGGCUCGCGGCAUCCAGCCGCACACCCGGUACAACCUGUACGCGGUGUCCAACCACUCGGGCACGCCCAUCGCCGGACAUUACACGGCGUUCUGCAAAAACUCGGACACCGGUGACUGGCAUUUCUUCAACGACAGUUCGGUGUCCAAAAUCACUUCGACCGGCAAACUGAUCAGCAACGAGGCGUACAUACUGUUCUACGAAGCCACCUCGUAUUGAUAACCGACUAAAAAGAACAAACGCUUCAUUAAUAAAAAAAAAAACGUUGUAUGUAUGUAUCCGUCCAAAAAGUCAACAAGCAUCGAUCAUAUGUUUUUUACUUCAGUAUUAUUUUUAAGCGACUAAAAGAACAGUAUAACCAGAAGAGACAUUAUUCAAGAAUAACAUGGGUUCUUAUGUGUCUUCUUGACUGUCCCUGCUGGUUAUUUUGUGAUAACAUUGUAAUUUUUAUCGCCCGAGUCAGUGAUAACGAUUAACGUGUUAUGUACAACUGAUAUAGGAGAGCGGGGGAGGAGCGUUUAUAGGGAAGAACUGGUUACCAAAAAUAAAAUACCCAAUAGGUCUAACGAUAUUUUAUAUAUUAUCUUGUAGAGUGGAAAUUGUCGUUUUUACCAUACAAAUACAAUGUACAUACUAUUUAUUAUAUUAUAUAAUAUAUUUUUUUUUAUAGUGUACCAAUACACACCGUCGCAGGGUAUGGGAACAGUUGAGUAAUAGACAGAAUUUUAGAUAUAGGCGUUAGAAAGGGCACCGGAAGGGUUAGGUUGCAAACAACACCAAUACACAAUAUUAUGUUAUGAUGAGCUCAUCCGUCUCCGUAGCAAACUAAUAAUAAUAUUUAAACGGCGAAAAAACUGGGACGAAACGUUUUAUUAUAAUGUAAUAUAAGCUCGGUCCAACGAAAUAGUAAUAAUAAUAAAGCUACGGUUUUAUGGACCCCACCAAGUCGGUUUGCCAUUUUUAUGCCGAUAUUUUAAUAAAGUGUAGUGUCAAAAAUUAGUAAAAAAAAAAAACAAUAUAAAUUAUUAUCAAUCAAAAUUUAACAGUUUGAAAUUAUUAUUUUAGGUAAAACGUUAAUUGUCCAAAAACGACGUCCAAGAACUGAUAAAUUAUUUUGUAUUUUUUUUUUUCGUUAUUAUUUAAUAAUUAUUGUGUCUGGCGCAUAAUAGUGAAUUUUCGGCGUUUCCAUAAAACCGUAUGAUAACAGUUAUUAUAGUUUUAAUAAUAAUAAUAUUAUAAUAUGAUCAAAAACGUUUUAAUACGAGUCACGACAUUUUAUUUUUAGCAGCAAAAAUCGCAAAAUUCUAUAUUUACACGUCCUUUCACAUGUACCAGUUCUAUAAUAUUAUUAAUUAUUAUGUUUUCGACUGGAUUUGUUUUUAAAAAUAUUUUAUCGUUUGUUUGUUCACAUUUAGGUAUAAUAUGUUUCACCAACAAAUCUUUGCUUCGAUUGGAUGUAACUUUUUUUUUGCGAUUAUAAAAAAUAACAUUUUUUUAUCGGUUAUUAAUAACAAAAAUUAUGAUUAAAAAAGAAAAAUAAGGAAUUUAGUAAAUAUGUUACGACGAAACGCUCGUUUUUUUCUCUUAAAUUUAUAAUUACUUUAAUUUCUUAUAAUUUUAUUUAUAAGUGUUGGCUAUUUUUUUUGUCGCCUACCGCGUACUUACUUUGUAUAAUAUUAACAACAGCAAAGUCUUGUACAUUUUUUUUGUUUCCGCUUUAGAUGAUUAUUUAACGAUUAAUAUUUUGAUUAUAAUACAGCGGAUUUAUUUAUUACUAUAUCUUUUCUUUAUUGUUAUUAUUAAUAUCAUGCCAUUUUGUUGAACGAUUAUAAAUCGUCAAUUUUUAAAAAUUAUAGUACUUACCUAUAUAAUAAUUAUAAUCAACGCAAUUACCUAGGGUUACCUUGUACAAGCUACAAUUAUUAUUAUAGCGAUUAUAUAAAUAUAUAUUAAACAUUUUAUUUGAUAAUUGUUAUAUUAUGUUUACCAAAAGUUAUCUAAUGCGUACCAAUAUAUUUUUGCACUCUGAUUUAAACUUGUUGAUUUUUGUUUUGUAAACAAUUAAUGUAAAACGAGCAGACUAUUAUGUUGAACUUCUAUUAAUUCAUAGAUUAUCCUUUAUUAUAAUAUGAAUUUAGUAGGAAUAUUUGGUAAGCACCUGUAUUUGUAUGUACAUAUUACUUAUUAGUAACUUUAUUAAAACAGACUAGAUUGUUGAAACGUUGUCAUUUCGUUUAUUUAUUUUAUAUUAUAAUACACGACACUAAUUAAAGUUUACAUU